AUGGGCGAAUUCUCGUCUAGAAGGUCGUCCUUCCUUAGCAAGCUCGGCUUGACCGCCAACAACUCGCUCACUCCCCUACCCAACUACGGCCCUCAAUUCCUGCUCGCCAACUUCGUACUCAGCUAUGUUCUCACCACGACCCGCUUCCAGAAGACUAGCUACGGUGUCGACAACAACAUGAACCCCCGCUACGAUCUCGUAUCUCCUCGCGCCGAACAACUCGUCUCCAAGGGCAAGCUCACACAAGAGCAAUUGGACCAGUUGCGUCGUAUCCAGGCUGCUCACUCGAACUCGAUGGAGCACUACACCGUCUUCACAGCCGCCGUCUUGUGUUCGAUGGUCGCAAAGUUGGACAGUGGGAUGCUCAACAGAUACGCCACCAUCUACACCUUGGUUAGAGCUGCAUACUUCUUGGUUUACAGACAAAAUACAACCAGACAAGCUGCUGGUGUCAGAAGUGUGCUCUGGUGGGCUGGAAACAUUGUCUGCAUCCGCCUUUUCUGGUUUGCCGGAAAGGCUUUGAACGCACACGUUCUGUAG